AAUAACCAGACAAUUUCAUAUCAAUUCAAAUAAUGAUAUUCAACAAUGUACAUAAUAUCUCCUAACAAAGUUCAUGAUCCUGUUAUUAAAUCGUCCUCUAUUCAAUCUAUAAACCAUCGCGUCAAUGAAAUCUAUUUGCUAAACAUCUGUUAAGGACAUGCAGCAUGCAACUGCACCAGACGCCAGUUCUAGGAAACAGAAAUGACGGGCUUAAAUCGUCCUCAACCGGUACUGAAGAUUGUACACGCUUGAACAACAUUUUGUUUUGACUAAAACCGAAUCCGACGCAAACUCGUGCCUCAAAUCCCCUGCGAAGCAAUCGCGCAAACCGGCUCAAUUCUCGGAACCUCCCAACAUGAUGGGCUUGAUAAGCUGCACAAUCUUGCAAUCUGUAAACGGAAGAUUUCGUAACUAUCGGCAACAGUUGCUAAACAUAUGGUGAAAAAUUGAGAAAAAAAAAUUGAUUAAGUGGUACGUUCCAACUGAUCCGGGUAUUGCAAUGCGUUAAAUUGUUUACUAAACAUGCAGCAAAGAGUGAAUCUUGUUAUGCGGCUAGUUCACGUGAGGACAUAGUAAAUUAAUGCAAACGGUUUGUUCCACCUAGAACGACAAGUUUAUCGAUACAACGAACGUGAUCAGUGAUCGUGUAAUUAGUACAACCGGCAGUAAACAACAAAGUGUUUAGUGUUGUUCUACGCAUGAAUCAUUUUUGGGGAAAAAAUCUCACUACUGCAGUCGUCAACAGAUGGUUACUUUACAUACACAACCCAUGGACCCAAAUUUGUGUAGCUCUGUCCUUCCUUAUCAGUACUCUGUUUACCACAUCUUGACGGACGGCAUUAAGACCCUGAAUCAUUAUUUGGUUCGAUGGCUUCUACGCAGCUAAAACAAACGAGCAAACUGCAAUUCCAGUCGGGAAUUGUACGGCGUAUGAUCAGAAGGACGAACACAAUGGCCGAAGGACUGGGUGCAACAGGUAGCAGCAUGCAUGAUCCCUUAUACAAUCGCUCGACAGCAAAUUGAUACACAUCACCUAAUAAUAGUAUCCCAAUAAAGUAGUUGACAUCUGAAGUCUAUCAUCAAUCAAUUCAGCCACUCAGGUAUUGUCCUCGCAAAGAAGAAACAGAACCAAAACAAAAAAAAAAUGUGCAUUACAAACAAUGUGUCCCUCGCUGCUGUUAAUGCAACACGACCGAGAGGCUGUAUUUACCAGUAUUUGCCCUCUUUUUAUUGCAGCUGGAUGGUAAGACAACGUCCAACAAGCGGUACACGUUACCGAGGCUCGAGACGAUGACGAUAAUGCUUCGGCCCAGACAGUGUUCGAUUAGAAAACAAUCCGAAACGAAACGGGCCGACCUGAUAAUGGAAAAUUCGAACCAUUUGUGGAACGUAGCGGUGUUGGCAAGUGGUGGCAAUACUAUGUGGAGGACAACGGCAAGGCAAUACACGACUAUACAGCACACCGAAGCGAAUGGUGUAGAAUGCGUAGAAUGAAAAGUUACUACGACGACGAUCUCGGCCGGUUGAGAUUGGGAUGAUCGUUGGCCUGGAGGAGAAAAAUCUUCGCGGUUCUCGCUACCGUGCACCAUUUAAGCGGUGGCAGUGGUCAAGGUAAGACGCGUCCAUAUUGCAGUGUUUUGCUGCUCUGUUUCGGAAGGUGACUUCGUGUGCCUCAGCGUGUCGUGUGAGUUACGUGUUUGCAAAUCAGGUGUUUUGGGGCGAGUUUUGUUUUUGUGAAUAAAUUUUGAAACAAUAAGGCAGUGUGCAACAUAUAUCGAGAAACGAGAACACAGACAAACAAACCUGAGGUCUUCUGCGACUGGGAAGCGAACUGGGAAGUACGCCUAAUCUGUCAAGAUGAUGUCCAGAAAGCUUAUCGAUGAAAGCCGCGAAGGUUACCUGGACAACGAGAAUUCACCGUACCUGAUUAGCAACUACGGAUAUGGCAAGGACAGCGUCAAGGUGAUGCACGUGGUGCGCAAUGGGCUGGUGCACACGAUAAAGGAGUUUGAGGUUGGAACGAAGCUAAAGCUACGCAGCCAAAAGGACUAUCUCGAGGGCGAUAAUAGUGACAUUGUCGCGACGGAUUCGCAAAAAAACACCGUCUACCUGUUGGCCCGCAAGCACGGUCUUAAGUCGCCGGAAGAGUUCGGCAUACUGCUGUGCCAUCACUUCCUGAGCAAGUACGCACACGUCGAGGAAGUGUCGAUACACAUCGAGGAGUACCCGUGGUCUCGGAUGGGGUUUGGUACCGGUCCGUACAAGGAUCUGCAUAAUCACGCUUUCGUCUUCACACCGACCGCCAUCCGGUAUACGGACGUCACGCAGAAGCGCACCGAAAUCAAACCGACUGUCAUCAGUGGGCUGACGGAUUUGCGCGUCCUCAAGACAACACAGUCGGCGUUUGUGAACUUUGUUAACGAUGAGUACCGGUCCUUGCCGGAUCAGCAUGACCGCAUCUUCAGCACGGUGGUCCGCUCGUCCUGGCAGUACUCCACCGUCACUGGGGUGGACUUUGAUUACUGCUGGAACAAGGUGAAGCAGUGCAUUCUGAACAACUUUGCCGGCGAAACGGAGAAGGGCAUCUUUUCGCCGAGUGUACAAAACACACUGUACCUGGCGGAGAAGCAAGUGCUGGAGACGAUCCCGGAGAUAUCGUCGAUCGACAUGACGAUGCCCAACAAACAUUACUUCACGUUUGACUUUAGCAAAUUCCCGAAGGUGGUGAACGAGGUCGAGCUGAAGGAGGAAACGGUGUACGUACCGGUGGAUAAGCCUGCGGGCAUCAUCUACGCUCAGCUCGAUCGGAAAUCGGAUCAGUAUGUGAAGAGUAAACUAUGAUGCGAGUUCUAUGACGGGGCGGUUUCUUUUUUUCUUAAACUGUUUGUUUCAAGUUAAGGCGUGUCUAAAGUAAAGCUAGCUUUUAAGUGAAGACGGUAUUCAACCGUCUUCGGUAGGAUUUGUUUUGUACGUUCACCGACUGAGAUGUGUCCAACGCUUAUUACUUAUCUGUAUCUGCAGACAGAAAAACGCGUCGGAAAUAUAGCAAAGUCAAAUAAUUAA